AUGAAUGAUAUCCUGAGCUUGAUGGCUUAAAUGUCUGGUGGUAAUGAUCCAAAUUUGGCAUUAAUCUAAUCAUAAUUGAGUAAACAAUCACAGUACCAUUAAAAGAUAGUAAAGAAGAACAUAGAAAACUAGCCUAUAAAUCCAUAAAAUGUGAUAUAAUCAAUACCUUGUGGCUAAUUUCCCUACUUAAACUACAAUGCUAAUUUUUUCCUGCCAAAUGAUUUCUAGAGAUUUUUAUUAACUGGUACAGUUCAAAAGUUCAAAUAGAUAUAAAAAGAAGACGAAGAGAGUUUAUCAUUGAAGACAGAUAUAUUUUAAACUAGACUUCAUGUGUUUAUAACAGGGUGUGGAAGGUCUGGCACAUCAUUUAUUUUUGAAUAGCUAUCAAAACAUAUUGAUACUUAAACAUAAGCCAAGAUGCUUGCUCUCAAUGAACCAAGAGAGUUAUACAUAAAUUCAUUCGGUUAAGAUAGCUAUGAUAUUUGGAGUGUCAAAUCUAAUAGAAAUACUGCUAAAAUAUCAUUAGAUAAAGAAAAAUCUGAAGUAUAUCUUCAGUAUCUUGAUUAUAUAUGCUAGGACAAGUCCAUAUAUCUUGAAAAAAUGCCAGAGAGUAUUAUAAGAGCUGACUAAUUGUUAAAGAUAUUGCCAAGGUGUUUGAUUAUUUAUAUGAAAAGAUCUUGGAUUGAUGUAGCUCUUAGUAUUGCAGCUUUUGGAAGUAAUUCGCAAUGGUAUGGCUAAAAUGACACAAAAUGGAUAGCGUUACUAGACAAUGAAAUAAGUUUAGAGUUGUUUAAAAGUACUGAAGAGACUGAUAAGUUAAAAUUAAUUUGA